AUGGGGAACCGGCUGGGGACGCGGUGGAGCAUCUGGAGGGAGGCGCAGUUCUGCGAGGAGUUCAAGGAGAAGUGCCCCAUCUGCGUGCCCUGCGGGCUCAAGCUGGCCGAGAAGACGCAGACAGCCAUCGUCCGGCACUUCGGCCUGCAGAUCCUGGAGCACGUGGUCAAGUUCCGCUGGAACAAUAUGCCUCGCCUGGAGAAGGUUUACUUAAAGAAUAAUGUCAUGAGCCUCAUCUCCAGUGGAACUCAAAGCAUCCUAGAGGAGGAAAGUCACAUUAAGGAUGUUCUGUCUCGCAUUGUGGUGGAGAUGAUCAAGCGGGAGUGGCCGCAGCACUGGCCUGAUAUGCUAAUGGAGCUGGAUACCCUCUCCAAGCAAGGGGAAACACAGACAGAACUGGUGAUGUUCAUCCUCCUACGCUUGGCAGAGGACGUCGUGACUUUUCAAACGCUGCCUACCCAGCGGCGACGAGAUAUCCAGCAAACGCUCACCCAGAACAUGGAGAAGAUCUUCAACUUCCUGCUUACUGCCUUGCAGCAGAACGUCAACAAAUACAGGCGCAUGGUUGGAGCACCCCAGGAACAAGAAGCCCUCACCACUCCACAGAAGGCCGAUCUGGGUCAGGAGCCGAAGGCCCAGGCAAAUUGCCGUGUGGGGAUUGCAGCCCUCAACACCUUGGCGGGCUACAUUGACUGGGUGGCCCUGAGCCACAUCACAGCAGACAACUGCAAGCUCCUCGAGAUGUUGUGUCUGCUCCUAAAUGAACCUGAGCUCCAAGUAGGAGCAGCUGAGUGUCUCCUGAUUGCUGUCAGCAGAAAAGGGAAGCUGGAGGAUCGGAAGCCCCUGAUGGUCCUGUUUGGAGACGUUGCCAUGCACUACAUUCUCUCCGCUGCCCAGACAGCAGAUGGGGAGGGCCUGGUGGAGAAGCACUAUGUUUUCUUGAAGCGACUGUGCCAAGUGUUGUGUGCGCUGGGCAGCCAGCUGUGUGCGCUGCUGGGCUCAGAUUCUGAGGUGGAAACACCAACCAACUUUGGAAAAUACCUUGACUCAUUUUUAGCCUUCACAACCCAUCCCAGCCAGUUCCUGCGCUCUUCCACCCAGAUCACCUGGGGAGCCCUUUUCCGGCACGACGUUCUGUCUCGGGACCCCUUGUUGCUGGCUACGAUUCCCAAGUACCUUCGUGCAUCCAUGACCAACUUGGUGAAGGUGGGCUUUCCCUCCAAAUCGGAUAGCCCCAGUUGUGAGUACUCUCGUUUCGAUUUUGACAGCGAUGAGGACUUCAACGCCUUCUUCAACUCUUUUCGAGCCCAGCAAGGAGAGGUGAUGAGGAUGGCCUGUCGCCUGGACCCCCGGACUGGCUUCCAAAUGGCUGGGGAGUGGCUGAAGUACCAGCUCUCGCUUCCUUUUGAUGCAGGAUCCAUGAACUCCAAGACGGGCGAAGGGGUCUGCUCCAUCUUCUCUCCCUCCUUUGUUCAGUGGGAUGCCAUGACCUUCUUCUCGGAGAGCGUCAUCAGCCAGAUGUUUCGAACGCUGGAUAAAGAUGAAAUCCCAGUGAAUGACGGCAUAGAUCUCCUGCAGCUAGUCCUCAGUUACGAAACAAAGGAUCCUCUCAUCCUCUCCUGUGUGCUCACCAACAUCUCUGCCCUCUUCCCGUUCGUCACGUACCGCCCAGAAUACCUACAGCAAGUCCUUUCCAAGCUGUUUGCUUCAGUUACCUUUGAAGUUAUAGAAGAAAGUAAGUGUGUUGUGUCUGUCCAGGCUCCUCGAACCCGAGCAGUGAAGAACGUGAGGAGGCACGCGUGCUCCUCCAUCAUCAAGAUGUGCCGGGAUUACCCCCAGCUUGUCCUGCCAAACUUCGAUAUGUUGUACAACCACGUGAAGCAGCUGCUCUCCAAUGAGCUGCUUCUGACACAGAUGGAGAAAUGUGCCCUUAUGGAGGCCCUGGUCCUCAUCAGCAACCAGUUUAAGGACUACGAGCGGCAGAAAGCUUUCCUGGAGGAGCUCAUGGCUCCUGUUGCCAACUUAUGGCUCUCCGCAGAGAUGCAGAGAGUCCUCUCAGAUCCUGAAGCCUUUAUUGCCUAUGUGGGUGCAGAUAACAAAAUUACUGAUCCACUCUUGGAAGAUGCUAGUGGCCUGAACCGUUCUCGAAUCAGCUUCUGCGUGUACACCAUCCUGGGAGUGGUGAAACGAGCCCGCUGGCCCGCGGCUAUGGAGGAGGCCAAGGCCGGAGGAUUCCUGGUCGGCUACAUGCCCAGUGGCAGCCCCAUCUACCGCAACCCCUGCACUGAGCAGGUCCUGAAACUCCUCGACAACCUCCUUGCUCUCAUAAGGACUCACAAUGAUCUCUACACACCAGAGAUGGUGGCUAAGCUGGGAGAAACAUUUGCAAAGGCCUUAGACAUGCUGGAAGUGGAGAAGAAUGCCAUACUAGGUCUCCCUCAGCCUCUGCUGGAGCUUUAUGAUGCUCCCGUUUACAAAACGGUCUUGGAAAGGAUGCAGGGCUUCUUCUGUACCCUCUACGACAACUGUUUCCACAUCCUGGGAAAUGCAGGCCCCUCCAUGCAGCAGGAUUUCUAUACCGUGGAGGGUCUCGCCACGCAGCUCCUCAGCUCGGCUUUUGUCAACCUCAACAACAUUCCUGACUACAGACUGCGUCCUAUGCUCCGUGUGUUUGUUAAGCCCUUGGUACUCUCCUGUCCCCCAGAAUACUAUGAAGCCCUUGUCUGCCCCAUGCUGGGACCACUCUUCACAUAUCUGCAUGUGAGGUUGUCUCAGAAAUGGCAAGUGAUCAACCAGCGAGGCAUGUUUUGUGAGGAUGAUGCUGCAGACGACAAUCCUGAGUCUCAGGAGAUGCUUGAGGAGCAGCUGGUCAGGUUGCUGACCCGCGAAGUCAUGGAUCUCAUCACCGUUUGCUGUGUUUCUAAGAAAGGCGUCGAGCAAAACACAGCUGCCACUCUAGACGGAGAUGAUGACGAGGUGAUGGCUACAGAUGUGACUCCUCCAGCCAGCGCAGAGCUCACCGAGCUGGGCAAGUGUCUGAUGAAGCAGGAGGAUGUUUGCACUGCUAUGUUAAUCACUGCCUUCACGUCCCUCUCCUGGAAGGACACCCUGUCGUGCCAAAGAACCACCACGCAGCUCUGCUGGCCGCUGCUCAAACAGGUGCUCGCAGGAAACCUGCUGCCUGAUGCCGUGUCCUGGUUCUUCACAAGUGUGCUCAGGGGACUGCAGAUGCACGGGCAGCACGAUGGCUGCAUGGCCGCUCUGGUCCACUUGGCCUUCCAGAUCUACGAGGCCUUGCGUCCUCGCUACACUGAGCUCAAGGUAGUGAUGGAGCAGAUCCCAGACAUCCAGAGGGAAUCUUUGGAGCAGUUUGAGUCAAAACUUCUCAACCCAACGUUGCAGAAAGUGGCAGAUAAGCGCCGGAAGGAUCAUUUCAAGCGCCUCAUCGCAGGCUGCAUUGGGAAGUCCCUUGGGGAGCAGUUCCGCAAGGAAGUUCAUAUCCGGAACCUGCCCUCUCUCUUCAAAAAGGUGAAGCCAUCACUGGAGACAGACAUGCUAGAAAAUGAGGAUGGAGAGGGCCUCACUACACUCUUUGAGCCCUGAUGCAGGGACGCUGCCACCAUCUCUUCCCCUUCUGUCUCUCCUCAUAGUAAGCACA